AUGAAUAACCCGAAUAAUAACAACUUAAAAAAACUAAUCGGCAAAAUAACUGAUUGCCAAAAAGCCAAAGCCUAUUCUCAUAAAAAGACUUGCCUUAUCUCCAAAGCAAACCCCACCGAUAAUAAAUGUGCUACUGGUUGCCAUUACGGAGACUUUUAUUACAAACUAACUAUUGCUUGUGAAAAUAAGCCCGAAGUAAAGCAAAUCAUGCCAGUGAAUGACCCUUUACCGACUAGUAAAUUGACAACUACUAUAAUGGGAGCCUCAAUUAAAAUCCAAGACACUGAUUUAGAUAUUACCCAAUUAGAGUGUUCAGUGUGCCAUCAGUCCUUUACUGGUCAGGACAAAGAAAACGAUAAUUGGGAAGUCUUUUAUGAUACCUCAGGCACUCCCACUAUUACUGAUAUUAAUGAUAAUGAAUAUAAUCAAAAACGAAAGCCUUAUAUUCAACAAAAGAAUAAAGAAAGAUAUUUAAAAAGUAAAGGAAUUAAUACAACCGAAAAAGAAACCAAGGAAAAUAAUACAACUGAUAAUUUAAUACAACCAAAGGAAACAAAUCAGAUUAAUACAACUAUCAAAAAUAAUACAACCAUUCCCAAAGUUGUAUUAAAAAAAGAUACAACCGAAUUAAUUAAUACAACCCAAGAGAAAUUAAUACAACCAAAUAAAGAAAAUAUUCAAUCUGAAUUAUCCGAAAUAGAACUUUAUAAUGAACAAGUUUAUUACUUCUGCUCCACUUGUUCCCCUAAUACUCCCUUAACUUUAAUUCGUUAUCUUAAUUCUCAUAAAUGA